AUGGCCACCACAGAGUCAGAUGUGGAAGAUUACAAAAGUGCUAUGCAUGCUGGAGAUCCAAAAGAUGCAGUGGAAGGCCUGGAGCCCACUAUAGUGUCUCAUGGGAACCUGUAUAAAGAGUCUGCAUUGUCUUUGAUGGAAGACCGUAAGGCGGCGCUGCUCCCCGCAGGGCGGCUCAACCGCAGGACGGCCGCCCAACCUGGUCGGCAGCUCGACUGCGAGCCCGCCGGCCGGGUCCCCGCACCCCGGAUGGGACUCAGAGCCCCGCAGCGGCGCAGCCCGUCGAGCUCGCCGCUCCCGGCCCGCGCGCUCCCCGGAGUCCGGAGCAGAUUCCAGGUCGCGCCGAGGAUGCGGGCGCCGCGAGGGAGGAUGGGGGGCGGCGCGGCGGCGCUUCUGCGUCUGUGGGCGUCUUGCGGCGCGGCCGCGGUGAGGCUGCAGUAUUUGGUGCUGGAGCAGACGGAGCGCGGCGCCGCGGUGGCGGACGUCGCCGCCGACUUGAAACUGCCGGCGGUCUCGCUGUCUUUGCGAAACUUUCGCCUCCUGUCCAGCUACAGCGAGCCCUACUUCGAGGUGGACUUAUGCAGCGGCAGCUUGGUGGUCCGAGAGCCGGCCGACCGCGAGCGGCUGUGCGGGGCCAAAGCUGCCUUCGUCCUGACCUAUGAGCUCAUGUUGGAGGACGCCCUGGAGCUGCACAAGGUGCACGUCCACGUCCUGGACGCCAACGACAACUCAUCUCUCUUCCUUGCCGGGGACGUGCGGCUGCUCAUCCCCUAGUUCCUCACACCUGGAGCCCGGUUUACACUUCCGAAUGCCCAAGACGCAGAGUAGAGAAGCAACGGGUUGCUGAACAGCCUAAGCCCCAGCCAACACUUUCGCCUGGACAUGGGGUCGCAGGGCGACGGCACCGAAUACCCAGAGCUGGUGUAGGAGAAAGCGCUGGAUCGCGAGCAGCGUGACACUCAUCUGCUGGUGCUCACAGCUCUGGACAGCGGGCUGCCCGAGCUCUCCGGAGAUGGGCAAGUCACUGUCAUCGUGGUGGACACGAAUGGCAAUACGCAGGUGUUUGAACGCUCCGUGUACUGCACCAAGGUUCCGGAGACUGCUCCGAGGGGGACUGUGUUAUUCUGAGUCCAGGCCUCAGAUCCGGAUGAGGGCUCCAGUGGGGAAUACUGGUACGCCUUAAGGAAUAGCACAAGAGAAGAGCUGCGACAUCUCUUUCAUGUGCACCCUAAAAGUGGGGAGGUGCAGGUGGCUGCUUCCCUUGGUACACCUGAAGCGCUGCUGGAGGCGUACAUCGAGGCGAGGGAGGAAGGAGCCUUUGGCUUAUCGAGCACUACCUAGCUGCUGGUGGAAGUGACUGACGUGAAUGAUCACGCUCAGGAGGUGCAUUUCCUGACUCUCUCCAGCCCAGUAGCCGAGGAUGCUGCCCCUGGUACAGUGAUUGCCCUACUCAGUGUAAAGGAUGAGGACCAUGGUCCCAAUGGUUGAGUCACUUGUAGUAUGUCUGGCAGAGGUCCUUUUCAGCUGAAGGCGUCUUUUGACAACUACUACAGUUUACUGACUGAUGGGCCCCUGGACCGGGAGCGAAUGAGUGAAUACCAGGUCCUGAUUACCGCCUCGGAUGGUGGCUCACCCCUACUCAGCACCCAAAGGACACUCACUGUGUCAGUUGCUGAUGUGAAUGACAAUACACCAAGAUUUGCUCAACCUCAACAGGAACAUUUUGUGGCUAAAAACAAUGGCCCCGGGGCCUCUCUAGGUCAGGUGUUUGCCCAGGACUUACACUUGGGGAAGAAUGGCCUUGUCUUUUAUGAGCUGUUGGAUAUCAUCUCUGAAGGGAUGCCAGCCACUAGCUUGGUGGCAGUGGAACCAUCCAGUGGUGCUAUCACUGCCAAAACUUCUUUUGACUUUGAGCAACUCAGGGGAUUUAGUUUCCAAGCGGAAGGAAAGGAUGGUGGCAUUUCUUCUAGAAGUGCAACAGUGACUGUGAACUUGUUUGUGGUAGACAGGAAUGACAAUGCUCUGGUUAUCUUGUUUCCUCUCCCCAGAAAUGGCUCAAACCCUGUAGAAAUUGUGCCCCACUCUGCCAGAAAUGGACACUUGGUCACGAAAGUGGUAGCAGAGGAUGCAAACAGUGGUUCCAAUGCCUGGCUUUCCUACCACAUCUCUCACGCUUCUGACUCUAGCCUUUUCAGAAUUUCAGCCAGUGUGGGAGAGCUGCGUACUGCAUGCUUGGUUCUUUCUACUGACACAGUUAAGCAGAGGGUGAUGAUAGUGCUUCGGGACCAUGGAGACUCACCACUGUCCUCUUCUGUUGUUCUUGGCAUGCUAUUGAGUAAUUUUACACUGUAGGUCCUUCCAGACUUUGAACCAGGAGGGCAGCUUACUGCUCAGAACUUGUAUUUAAUAAUUUCCCUGGCCUGCAUUUCCUUUUUAUUUUUGGGGUGUUUACUUUUCUUCAUGUGUAUCAGGUUGAGCCAGCCUCUAGUUUCUUGCUCCUAGAGCUGCUGUCACACUCCAGAGGAUCUGAGGCAUAGAAGACAGGUAGCUUCUAACUCUUGCAUGAAGUCAGCCACAAUAGAUGUCACUACAGUGGAGAGGCUUUCUCAAACAUAUGUCUAUUGAGCCUCUCUGGGACUUGGCUCUGACAAUAACAGUUUGUUGUUGCAUGGGGAAUACAAUGCUGCUGACCUAAGAAAUCUGGUCACUGGUGUAGGACUGAAUUUGCUAAUCUCCUGCACUGAGAAUUGGAACAGGAAAGGGGAUCAUGCACAUGUCAGUGCUAUGGUAAGCAGAUUUUAUGGGAUCUGAUUCGUUUGGCUAAGAGAUGGCUGUUAGCUGUGUUCUGAAAUGCUUCUUAGAUGAUCCUUUGGUAACAUUUAAUCCAUUGAGUACUUCUUUUUAGCAUAUCCUGUGUCAAAAAUUCUGGGAGCAUAAAAGUAUUAGAGGAUUGUCAUAGGCCUCAAAAGAACUUAUAGCUUAUUUUUGAGAAGCAAGGGUAAAACAUUGAAACCUAUUAAAAUAAAUGGUAUGUAACAUAAAGGUCUCACAUUAAAGAUAGUAAAGUGCCAAAAUGUUUCAUGGGUAACUAAUAUCUGUCAAAUACUCUGAUACUUAACGUGAAGAAUGAAAAAUGUGUAAGAGUCUUUUUAUUCUAUGAGCAAAAUAUCAUGGAAGAGGUAUUUUUUCAAACCAUUAUGAUACGAUAUGUUAUGAAAAAAUGAUGAUAACCACAAGAGAUCU